AUGGCAAGAAGCCCAUCAAGCAGACUCGGAGAAGAUUCGCACCAGAAAUCCUCACAAAGAUCAAAAAAGAGGUCGAAAGACUUCUUCGUUGCAACUUCAUCAGGACCACAAGCAACAUCUAAGGACGAGUAUCCAAUGCCUGUGACAGAGAUGUUGGUUGACUCAGCCGCAGGCUAUGAGUAUCUCAGCAUGCUUGAUGGAUAUUUUGGCUAUAACCAUAUUUUUAUCGCAGAAGAAGAUGUUUCUAAAACAGCUUUUCGAUGUCCAAGGGCUAGAGAUUUCCUGGGCUUUGUGGUCCACAAAAAGGGGAUAGAAAUCAAUCAGAACAAGACGAAGGCUAUUAUGGAGACCAAAGCACCAUCAACCAAAAAGGAACUACAAUCAUUAUUAGGAAAAUUAAACUUCCUAAGAAGAUUCAUCUCGAAUUUAAGUGGUCGAACUCAAGCUUUCUCUCCUCUUCUGCGCCUAAAACAAGGCAAAAAACCUAUUGAUUUAUACGUCUCUUCGCAUUUUGAUGUCAUCAAGUAUAUGUUAUCUAAGCCAAUAAUGCACAGUCGAAUUGGCAAAUGGGCUUUAGCGCUCACUGAAUACUCUUUAACCUUUAUGCCUUUAAAGGCAAUGAAGGGACAAAUAGUAUCAGAUUUUAUUGUAGACCAUGCACUGGUCGAUAAUCCUCAAUUUCAAGUUGAGUUGAAACCUUGGAAAUUAUUCUUCGACGGUUCCACUCAUAAGAAUGGAAGUGGGGUUGGGAUAAUGUUAAUUUCUCCUGACGGAAUUCCAACAGAACUCAAAUAUAAAAUUGAAGGUCCCCUUUGUUCCAACAACGAAGCAGAAUAUGAAGCUCUUAUCGCAGGUCUUGAGGCUUUGUUGGAAUUGGGGGCAACUAGGGUCGAAAUUAAAGGAGAUUCAGAAUUAGUAAUCAAGCAACUGACGAAGGAGUACAAAUGUAUAAAGGAAAAUUUGAUUAUGUACUUCGUCAUUGCAAAUAGGUUACUCAAAAAAUUCGAGUACGUCGACAUAAAACAUGUCCCUAGAAUAAAAAACCAAGAGGCUAAUGACUUAGCACAAAUAGCCUCAGGGUAUAGAAUUUCAAAAGAAAAGCUAGAAGAGCUUGUCGAAGUAAGAGGAAAGGCAAUGGCUGCCAGAUUAUCUCCGACGGAUUUGAAAAGCACCCAGUUAGGAUAUGCUAACAAAGAGGAGUUUGAAGUAUUGGCAAUUGAUACCUUGAUAGAUACAGACUGGAGGAAUCCAAUUAUUAAUUAUCUCAAGGACCCUUCGACAGACACGGAAAGAAAAACCAAGUACAUGGCUCUAUCUUAUAUAUUGAUAGGGAAUGAAUUAUUCAAGAAAACCCCUGAAGGGAUCCUGUUGAAAUGCUUAGGAGAAAGCGAAGCUUACUUGGCAUUAUCCAGUGUACACAGUGGAGCUUGUGGAGCACAUCAGGCAGGCCAUAAGAUGAAAUGGUUGCUUUUCAGAUAUGGAAUGUAUUGGCCCACCAUGUUAAAAUAUUGUAUAGAGUUUGCUAAGGGUUGCCAGGAAUGUCAAAUACACGCAGGAAUUCAACAUGCUCCUGCAAGCGAACUUCAUACGAUUAUUAAGCCUUGGCCCUUCAGAGGUUGGGCAUUAGAUCUAAUUGGUGAGAUUAUACCCCAUUCAUCCAAAGGUCAAAGAUACAUACUUGUAGGAAUUGACUAUUUCACUAAAUGGAUCGAAGCAGUACCUCUAGUAAAUGUGGACCAAGAGACUGUUAUCGAAUUCAUUCAAAGGCAAAUUUUAUACAAAUUUGGAAUCCCAGAAACCAAUGGGCAAGUUGAAGCAGCCAACAAAGUGAUAAUUGGGCUAAUCAAAAAGCAUGUAGGAAAAAAGCCAAAAAAUUGGCACAAAACUUUAGACCAAGCACUCUGGGCUUGUCGAACCUCCCCUAAAGAAGCCACUAACACUACACCUUUCCAGCUUACAUUUGGACAUGAUGCAGUACUACCUGUCGAAGUCUACUUACAAUCGGUGAGAAUCCAAAGACAAGAAGAAAUCCCAUCUGAUUUAUACUGGGAAAUGGAACUCUUUGAAGAUCCAGCACCUUUGAUGUUCUUUGACUGUUUUUGUUGCUUAUCAGAAGACAUUGUAGUAGACUUUGGAGAUUUUGAAGGAUUAGGGUUUAAGGAAGAAGAAGUGUUUUUCAGAAAGGUUGAAGAAGAUGAAUUUAGAGAAAAAACUGGAGAUUUUCGUGAAAAGAGAGAGAAAAAUGACAAAUGUGCUUUUAUAAUGUUGAACCUGUGA